GCGCUCCCUCCGGGGCGGAGCACACCGUGGCUACCUGCGCCCUUAACCCUAAAAGCUGGCUUGGACUCCGGUGGUGCGGGUCAGGUCAGCCUUCACUCAUUUCCACCCUGGAGAUCCUGCCGAAUCCCUCCCACCCCGCCCGAGGAGAUACCUUCCCUGCUUGGUUUAUUUCCCUUUCAUCUCUCCCCUGUCCACGCUCCACUCCAUCUGGCUUGACAUCUGGAUUUAUGGCCCCAUUUACAAGAAGCAAUCUGCGAAAAACAAGGCGAUGAUUUAAAUGGGUUUGCAUUAGGGUGAAAUAUGGUCCGAAAACAGGCUCUUAAAAGUGCCGAGCUCCUAGGAGAGCUGGUUAGGAGAAUGGAAUAGGAAAGAUGAGAAGAUGCCUCCAAACCGGGCAUUUCCCAACUCCCCAGCUUCCCACCCACAAGCCAGCCUGCCAACCUGCACUCCCCUGGAAAAUUUGGAGACAGCCUUAAGGAGGCACUUCUUAAAUCGAGGGCUCGGUCUUAACCUAGAUGUGGAUGUUAAGUCCCCAUCUCCCUCGGGUGGAUUUCCCGACCUGUAGCCAGCCUCCGCGAAAGCCCAGGGCGCGAGGUGCUGGGACCUUCCUCAUGUGGAGAGAUGCUGCCCGCAUACGUGACCCCCAGUUGGUUUGCUCCGGGCAAUAUUUUGCACCGUCUAAAUUACAUGUGCGAUCCGGCCACUGGCCGGAGCUGGGCGAUCAGCUUUCCACUCCUGCCACUUCAGACCUCAGCCCAGGGAUGAGCUCAUGCUAACUGCGAAACAAAAUCGCUCUCCCUGCCUCCUCCCUCCUCCCCCCGCCCCCCUCACCCACUAUCUCCCUGACGCAGACCCCAAGCCAAAUCCUCGGCUUGGAGGACGAUUCCCGGAGCGAGGCAUGAAGGCGCCCGUUGAGAGGCAGAGGGGUGCGUGAAGCAGGGCCCCGUGGUCCUCCUGCUCUGGUGCCGGUGGGAGACAGAGAAAAAAUGGGAGGAAGGCCGAUCCGGGGCCGCUGAGCGGUGGGUUCUACCGCGGUGUUUUCUCGCUUCCUGCUCCAGCAGCCUCUGCCCCAUGGCUCCUGAGCUGCACUGGGUAGGAAUGAGUGGCUUUGGGGUUUAGAAAUUGAGUUUCAGGGUCUCCGUGAUUAUCCCCCAGAUUAGUUAUGCAUCAACGGCACCCGAGCUAAGUGAUGACCGGCGCUAUGACUUCUUCUCUCGCGUGGUGCCACCUGAUUCCUUCCAAGCCCAGGCCAUGGUAGACAUCGUAAAGGCCCUAGGCUGGAAUUAUGUGUCUACUCUCGCAUCCGAAGGAAGUUAUGGAGAGAAAGGUGUGGAGUCCUUCACGCAAAUUUCCAAAGAGGCAGGUGGACUCUGCAUUGCCCAGUCCGUGAGAAUCCCCCAGGAACGCAAAGACAGGACCAUUGACUUUGAUAGAAUUAUCAAACAGCUCCUGGACACCCCCAACUCCAGGGCCGUCGUGAUUUUUGCCAACGACGAGGAUAUAAAGCAGAUCCUUGCAGCAGCCAAAAGAGCUGACCAAGUUGGCCAUUUUCUUUGGGUGGGAUCAGACAGCUGGGGAUCCAAAAUAAACCCACUGCACCAGCAUGAAGAUAUCGCAGAAGGGGCCAUCACCAUUCAGCCCAAGCGAGCCACGGUGGAAGGGUUUGAUGCCUACUUUACGUCCCGUACACUUGAAAACAACAGAAGAAAUGUAUGGUUUGCCGAAUACUGGGAGGAAAACUUCAACUGCAAGUUGACGAUUAGUGGGUCAAAAAAAGAAGACACAGAUCGCAAAUGCACAGGACAGGAGAGAAUUGGAAAAGAUUCCAACUAUGAGCAGGAAGGUAAAGUCCAGUUCGUGAUUGACGCAGUCUAUGCUAUGGCUCACGCCCUUCACCACAUGAACAAGGAUCUCUGUGCUGACUACCGGGGUGUCUGCCCAGAGAUGGAGCAAGCCGGAGGCAAGAAGUUGCUGAAGUAUAUCCGCAAUGUUAACUUCAAUGGUAGUGCUGGCACUCCAGUGAUGUUUAACAAGAACGGGGAUGCACCUGGGCGUUAUGACAUCUUUCAGUACCAGACCACAAACACUAGCAACCCGGGUUACCGUCUGAUCGGGCAGUGGACAGACGAACUUCAGCUCAAUAUAGAAGACAUGCAGUGGGGUAAAGGAAUCCGAGAGAUACCCCCCUCAGUGUGCACACUACCAUGUAAGCCAGGACAGAGAAAGAAGACACAGAAAGGAACUCCUUGCUGUUGGACCUGUGAGCCUUGCGAUGGUUACCAGUACCAGUUUGAUGAGAUGACAUGCCAGCAUUGCCCCUAUGACCAGAGGCCCAAUGAAAAUCGAACCGGAUGCCAGGAUAUUCCCAUCAUCAAACUGGAGUGGCACUCCCCCUGGGCUGUGAUUCCUGUCUUCCUGGCAAUGUUGGGGAUCAUUGCCACCAUCUUUGUCAUGGCCACUUUCAUCCGCUACAAUGACACGCCUAUUGUCAGGGCAUCUGGGCGGGAACUCAGCUAUGUUCUUUUGACGGGCAUCUUUCUUUGCUACAUCAUCACUUUCCUGAUGAUUGCCAAACCAGAUGUGGCAGUGUGUUCUUUCCGGCGUGUUUUCUUGGGCUUGGGUAUGUGCAUCAGUUAUGCAGCCCUCUUGACGAAAACAAAUCGGAUUUAUCGCAUAUUUGAGCAGGGCAAGAAAUCAGUAACAGCUCCCAGACUCAUAAGCCCAACAUCACAACUGGCGAUCACUUCCAGUUUAAUAUCAGUUCAGCUUCUAGGGGUUUUCAUUUGGUUUGGUGUUGAUCCACCCAACAUCAUCAUAGACUAUGAUGAACAUAAGACAAUGAACCCUGAGCAAGCCAGAGGAGUUCUCAAGUGUGACAUUACAGAUCUCCAAAUCAUUUGCUCCUUGGGAUAUAGCAUUCUUCUCAUGGUCACAUGUACUGUGUAUGCCAUCAAGACUCGGGGUGUACCAGAGAAUUUUAAUGAAGCCAAGCCCAUUGGAUUCACUAUGUACACAACAUGUAUAGUAUGGCUUGCCUUCAUUCCAAUUUUUUUUGGCACCGCUCAAUCAGCGGAAAAGCUCUACAUACAAACUACCACGCUUACAAUCUCCAUGAACCUAAGUGCAUCAGUGGCGCUGGGGAUGCUAUACAUGCCGAAAGUGUACAUCAUCAUUUUUCACCCUGAACUCAAUGUCCAGAAACGGAAGCGAAGCUUCAAGGCGGUAGUCACAGCAGCCACCAUGUCAUCGAGGCUGUCACACAAACCCAGUGACAGACCCAACGGUGAGGCAAAGACAGAGCUCUGUGAAAACGUAGACCCAAACAACUGUAUACCACCAGUAAGAAAGAGUGUACAAAAGUCUGUUACUUGGUACACUAUCCCACCAACAGUAUAGCUUUUGACUGCUUUCCCAAAGGCCCUGCUGCAAAAAAGAAGUAUGUCAGUUAUAAUAACCUGGUUAUCUAACCUGUUCCAUUCCAUGGAAUCAUGGAGGAGGAAGACCCUCAGUUAUUUUGUCACCCAACCUGGCAUAGGAUUCUUUGGUCCUACCCGCUUCCCAUCACCGGAGGAGCUUCCCCGGCCGGGAGACCAAUGUUAGAGGAUCCAAGUGACCUAAACAGCUGCUUUAUGAAAUAUCCUUACUUUAUCUUGGCUUAAUAAGUCACUGACAUCAGCACUGCCAACUCGGCUGCAAUUUUGGACCUUCCCUACCAAAGGGAGUGUUGAAACUCAAGUCCCGCCCCGGCUCUUUAGAAUGGACCACUGAGAGCCACAGGACCAUUAUGGGGCUGACCUGUCUUAUUAUGUAUGUACUUCUAGGUUGCAAGGUUUUGAAAUUUUCUGUACAGUUUGUGAGGACUUUUGCACUUUGCCAUCUAAUGUCGUACCUCGGUUCACUGUUUGUUUUCGAAUGCCUUGUUUUCAUAGAGCCCUAUUCUCUCAGACGGUGGAAUAUUUGGAAAAAUUUUAAAACAAUUAAAAUUUUAAAGCGAUCUUGGCAGACUAAAACAAGUACAUAUGUACAUGACUGUAUAAUUACGAUUAUAGUACCACUGCACAUCAUGUUUUUUUUUAAGACAAAAAAGAUGUUUAAAGACCAAAAACUGUGCUGAGAAAGUAUGCCCCACCUAUCUUUGGUAUAUGAUAGGUUACAUAAAAGGAAGGUAUUGGCUGAACUGAAUAGAGGUCUUGAUCUUUGGAAUGCAUGCCAGUAAUGUAUUUUACAGUACAUGUUUAUUAUGUUCAAUAUUUGUAUUUGUGUUCUCUUUUGUUAUUCUUAAUUAGGGUAUAUGAAUAUUUUGCAAUAAUUUUAAUAAUUAUUAAGCUGUUUGAAGGAAAGAAUAUGGAUUUUUCAUGUCGAGGUUUUGUUCAUGCCCCCUUUGACUGAUCAGUGUGAUAAGGACUUUAGAAAAAAGCAUGUAUGUUUUUUACUGUUUGUAAUAAGUACUUUCGUUAAUCUUGCUGCUUAUGUGCCAAUUUAGUGGAAAAAAACAACCCUUGCUGAAAAAUUCCCUCUUUCCAUUCUCUUUCAAUUCUGUGAUAUUGUCCAAGAAUGUAUCAAUAAAAUACUUUGGUUAACUUUUUUA